UAUGGGAAAUGUAGGCGGAAACGUUUUGACACUAUCUGCUGUAGCAUGGCAGAGGCUGGAGAAAGCUCACAUGGCUGCGAAAAUAGCUCGGAUUCCGAGGAAGAUAGAUGCUCAGAUAAUGAUUUUGAAACGUCAAAACUYGGCACCAGAGAAUACUGGGAGGAAACCUAUCAGAAAGAACUUGAUACAUUCACAGACAUAGGAGAUGUUGGUGAGAUUUGGUUUGGCGAGGAAAGCAUGAGUCGCGUGCUGCGCUGGAUGGACAAAGCUAAAAUCCCCGAAAGYGCUGCCAUUCUUGACAUUGGCACAGGAAAUGGGGCCUUUCUAGUUGAACUGGCAAACCAUGGAUACAGGAAUCUAACUGGUAUCGAUUACUCUCCAGCAUCAAUACAAUUAGCCAGACAAGUUCUGCAGGCAGAAGAUUUGACUGAUGUCACUGUAAAGGAGAUGGAUUUUCUAAACUCUCAAGGGAAGCUGAAAGGUUUUGAUGUCUGCAUCGAUAAGGGAACUUUUGAUGCAAUCAGUCUGAACCCAGAUAAUACCAAGGAGGGCAAAAAAUUGUAUGUCCAAGCUCUAAAAGCUGCUCUUAAAGACAAUGGCUUUUUCUCUAUCACUUCCUGUAACUGGACUAAAGAGCAGCUACUCGAAAGAUUUGGUGAAGGUUUUGAGUUUGUACAAGAGUUACCCACACCGAGUUUCAAAUUUGGAGGAAAGACAGGCAAUAGUGUGACGGCACUUAUCUUCAAAAGGGUKCAUUGAUGAAUGUGUCUUCAGGUGUUUGUUUGUAAAUUGCUGUUCUGUUUCUAUUUGACACAAUAUAUUUUGUCUGUUCACUUACACACAUUUUAAACAAAAUGCAGUUGUAAAUGUGUUUUUUUUACAAUGCAGUUAAGCAGUUUGAGUGCAUAUGAAUGGGACAUUUUCUCUUGAAUGAAAUGAGUGUAUGCUAUUUCAGUUGCAGAAAGUUUGACUUUAAUAUCCAAUAUUUAGUGUCAUACAAAAAAUAACUCAAAUAUUUUAAGUUUCAGCAGUUUUAGGUAAAAUAAAGUGCACUUUCAUAAGUAAUUUUACCUCUGUUUAAUUGUCUUCUGGCAUCAACACUAUUGCACUUUUAAACCUUGUGCACAUUUUGUUAUUUGAAUUGAUCCUUGUGUAUCAUUCUUGAGGUUGUUUGGGCUUUAAGUCAGCCAGACAUUGAACAUGUAAUCCAAAAUAAUAAGAUCUGUGGGUGGAAAUGUAUUCAGAUAAUUUUCUUCAUUCCAUAAAUCAUAAUAGAGUCCUGURUUUAACUUUACAAUGGCUCUUUUAAGGGUUCUGGUCUACAGAAUAUCAGUUUUCUCUCUUGGUGUGCAAGACAUCUUCYAUCAUGCAAAGAAACAAUCUCAAUCUAAGUUGCUAAACUGGACCCCGGCAGUGUUUGGGGYCCAAAUAAGAUGAUUAAGAACUUCUGACACAAUAAAUAAACAGGAGGUCGUGACUUCUGUGGGAGAAA